CGUACUUCACCCUAACAACAAGUGGUUAAGUCAUAUCUGUGAGACGCCCCAGUCCCCCAGCGGGAAUCCUAGAGAAAAGGCUGUCUGUGAUCGGCGUCAGAUAAGUAUAUUAGCUGACAUGCUAGUGUAGAACUCGGCUAACAGGAACUAUAAGAACUGUUAAGCUAAGGGCUACGGAUCAACUAGCUCACGAGAAUGGCUGCUGUACGCAGUUUACGGGUAUCUGUGAAGCCUGAAAGCUCAUCGGAUCGGUCGGAAUCAGACACGGAUUCAGAGUCGGAUCGAGAUGCCCGAAUACCGGAGCCCAUGGAGGUGGAAGAGGGGGAACUGCAGCUGGAGGCUAUCCCUGUACGCCGAUGUUUAAAGGAACUGGUACCGGACGGGAGUCGGCGUUAUGAGAACAAGGCUGGCACAUUUAUUACUGGAAUUGAUGUGACGUCAAAGGAGGCUGUGGAGAAAAAGGAGAAGAGAGCUAGGCGGUUUCAGUUCCGUGCCGAGGGCAACCUGGCUCAGAGAAACGUGGUUUUGGACAGAGAGGUGAUGAAGAAAGCCAUCCCGAAAGUGCGUCUAGAGGCCUUGCACCUGUGCGGCGUGGAUGAUAUGAGCACACAGGAUGUGUUUGGAUAUUUCAAGGAAUAUCCUCCAGCUCACAUUGAGUGGAUUGAUGACACCUCCUGUAAUGUGGUGUGGUUAGAUGAUGUGACCUCGACACGGGCUCUCAUCAACAUGAGCCACAUGACAGAGCAGGGGGAAGUAACAAACUCUGUGGAAAAUAAAUCCUCUGGCCAGGACCACAAAGCUCCUAGAGGUUGUGGCCUUGAUGAGGAAGAGGAAGGAGAAGUUGACGAUGAUGAAGAUGACAACGUGUUGGUGAAGAGAGGCAAAAGCAGUAACGACAGUGAAGGGAAAGAAAGUGACAGCGAAGAGGAAGGAGAGAAGAGAGCAAAACAGGAAAACUCUGAGACAGACUUGCUCUCUCAGGCAGAGAAGGAGUCCCUACUGAGAAACGAUCUACGUCCAGCCAGCAAAGCUUUUAAAGGAAACAAACUCUUCCUACGUUUUGCUACUCAGGAUGAUAAGAAAGAACUGGGUGCUGCCAGGCGGAGCAGGUAUUACAUGAAGUACGGCAACCCGAACUAUGGCGGUAUGAAGGGCAUCCUUAGUAACUCCUGGAAACGCAGGUACCAUACCCGGCGGAUACAGAGGGAUGUCCUGAAAACCAAAAAGUCUCUCAUUGGAGACAGCAUGGGACACACCCCACCCUACACACACAGACACUCAGCUGACCUGGUGAAUCUACCAGAGGAACCCAUUGCAGAAGAAGAGGAAGAAGAGGAAGAGGAGGGAGAGGAUGACAUGGACGCCGACGACAGAGUAGUGGAAUAUCGGAUGGAGCGAGACCGGAGCGACAGGGAUCCAGAUCUUCGGGACAGGGAGGGGGGAUUACGAAGCCACGCGGAGGGCCGUUCAUCGUCUCCGUCUUCAGACUCUGAUGAAAUGGAUUACGACCUGGAGCUGAAGAUGAUCUCCACACCCUCACCCAAGAAGAGCAUGAAGAUGAGCAUGUACGCGGACGAGGUGGAGAAUAACCUGAAGAACCUGCGAAACUCCAUGCGGAGCUCUGAGGGUGGCAGCAGCGUGCGAAGUCGGAUCGGUAGCGGAGCUGUGUCCAAACCCAUCUCGGAGAAAGUGACUGAUGUGAGGCAGCUGCUGGAAGAGAAGAGACAGGGACUCUCACAUCAGAGGUUGCACUCCUCAGCCUCCAGUGGCAAGACGGAUGUGAGACAGAGAUUGGGAAAGAGACCUUAUUCUCCAGAGAGGCGACGCUCUGCGUCUCCUGUCAGCCUUAGAAACACGGCGCCUCGCAGGGAGCCCCUGACUGACGUUCACAGUCGACUUGGUAUCGCCAAACGUGACGCACGGGACACCGUAGACAAGAAAACAGGAGGGCUUUGGAGCAGACUAGGGUCUCAGAAAGAUGGUGACUCUGAUCGAAAACUCUCCAGUAGGGGAGGGGGCCUCUCUUCUGGGUCCAGAGGAAUCUUUCGGGAUGAGGAGGAACUGGAGGAGGAGGAUGACGAAGAUGACUCCCAGCUGCAGAAAGUUUGGGGAGCUAUGAUCAAGCAGAAGGAACAGCAGACCAACAAGAUGAAGAAGAGCAGAUUAGACAACCUCCCCUCACUCCAGAUUGAGAUUAGCCGGGAUAGCAGCAACGGCUCGGACUCUGAUUCCUGAAAAAAUAAAGAGAAGGUCUGAAAAGACAAAGAGAGUGAGAAAUAAUAGACUAAAAACUGGGGGUGAGGACGUUCAAAGAGGCUCCAGCUGUAGACCUCUGAGACGUGUUUGAGUUCCACCCUUCCCGACACCACCAAAAGUCUGGAUUUUGGUUUUUUUUUCUUUCUUUUUCUUUUUGAUUGUUAGAUAUUUGGUCUCCACUGCAACAGAUAUCCUUCUGUCCCUCUUCAUUUCUAACUCGACUGUAAAAGAGAGGAAAGAAAUUGAAAAUUUCUUUCUUUUCCCCCCCCCUCUUUGUGGUAAACGAUGAAAUGCUUAUGUGUUCUAUUGAAGAAACACCAUAUGUAUUUGGUUGUUGCAUCUUACACAUGUUGAAGGUCCAAGGGAGUAUUGUGGUGAUCUGCCACGAAAGGAUAUUAAUGUGACCGGGCGGAACGCAACUCUAAAUCGCACGAUUUAGAACCAAAAAUCUGAAAUGUCCUAAUCCCUGCCAGUGUAUUGCAUUUCAUAUCUCAAUUGGAUAUGAGAUUAUUCCAGACUAGCCUAUAAUUGUUAUAAUGGAGGGGGCCACAGAAAGAUUAUGCUCAACCUGUGUAUGUAUAUAAAAUUUUGUACCAUGAGGGGUGCACAUAGCCAAUCAAUGUUGUAACUGUUUUUCCUAAAAAGAGAGAUCUACAUUCCCAUAGACAUAUAUCAGUGAAUACGUCAUGUGUUCAGACUUCACAAGUGUGCUG